AUGGUAGACACAGCUAGUGGUGGAGCCUUGGUCAAUAAAACACCUGAAGCGGCUAGAGAAUUAAUUUCCAACAUGGAUGAAAAUUCACAACAAUUCGGAGCAAGAAUAGAUGGUACUAUCAGGCGUGUUAAUGAGGAGUUGUGCACUAACAAGAUGAGGUUGCGAAUCGAUGAGAAGUUAAGGGUUGGAGAAAACGUUUCAGCUGUCAUUAAGAGGACCUUGCCGGAAAAAUGUGCUGAUCCAGGUAUGUUCACUUUACCUUGUGUGAUUGGCAAUAAAAGAAACGAGCGUGUCAUGUUAGAUUUAGGUGCAUCCAUCAAUGUCAUGCCAUACUCGAUUUAUUGUGCUUUGAGAUUAAGUCCCUUAAAGGAAACUCAACUAGCUGAUCGUUCUAAUGCCUACCCGGAAGGGAUUGUUGAGGAUGUGUUGGUCCAGGAAACAUUUGAAGAAAAAUAUUUGAAUGAGGAUCUCGAAUUGAGUGCACAAUUGGAUAUGAAGAAAUCAUCACCAUCUGUUUUGUAG